AAUGUCCUCCUGUCCUGAGUGACCAGAGGGAGGCAGGACCCAGCCAGGGAAGAAGCAGCAGCAGCCUCUGCCCAACUCCACAGCCUCCCUUCCUGCCUCCCCUCUUUCUUUUUCUCAUUCCCUCCUUCCCUCCCUCCUUCUCCUCUCUCUGGCGCUUGAGGCAGGCAGCAUUAGUCUGUUGAUUUUGGGACAUCUCAGAGGCAAUUUAUUCUGAAGAGAGAUUUUAGCAUUAAAAGUUCUGCAGGAUGUCAUACAGACAAGGACUAGAAAAAUACCGAGAUUUGGAUGAAGACCAGAUUCUGGGAGCACUGACGGAAGAAGAGAUCAAGCUGUUAGAGGAUGAACUAGUCGACCUAGAUCCAGAUAAUGCCUUACUGCCUGCAGGAAUGAGACAGAGAGAUCAAACAAAGAAAACUCCAACUGGCCCCUUCAAAAGAGAUGAUCUUCUGGCCCACUUGGAAAAGCAGGCAAUUGAUAUCAAAGACCGAGAAGACCUGGUUCCUUUCACAGGCGAGAAAAGAGGAAAAAUUUGGGUUCCCAAGCAAAAAGCUGAUCCUGUUUUGGAAAGUGUAACUUUGGAACCAGAACUGGAGGAAGCACGCAAUGCCUCAGAUGCUGAACUCUGUGACAUUGCAGCUAUUCUUGGCAUGCAUACCCUGAUGAGUAAUCAACAAUAUUAUGAAGCUCUUGGAAGCACAACCAUAGUCAACAAAGAAGGAUUGGAUAGUAAGUAAGAUUUACAGCCUCACAGAUUCUGAAGACUUGAGCAAACUGCAAAAAAUAGUAAAGAUUUGGAACAAUUCCUGAAGAAAGUCAAGGAAGAAAGUGCAAAGGCAGAUUUACAGUUGAACAUUAUGAAUUUGAAGGACAUCCCAAUACCGACAUUAAAAGCAUAUGCUGAGGCUCUGAAGAACAACAGCUAUGUGAAAAAGUUCAGCAUAGUAGGAACAAGAAGCAAUGACCCUGUCGCUUAUGCACUGGCAGAAAUGUUAAAAGUCAACUGUGUAUUGAAGACCUUAAAUGUGGAAUCAAAUUUCAUUUCUGGAUCAGGAAUCCUCGCCUUGAUAGAAGCCCUUCAGUGCAACACAACACUAAUUGAGCUCAAAAUUGACAACCAGAGCCAGCUCCUAGGUAACAAGGUAGAAAUGGAGAUUGCAAGUAUGUUAGAAAAGAAUACAUCUCUCUUGAAGUUUGGGUAUCACUUCACGCAGCAAGGCCCCAGGCUUCGUGCAUCAAAUGCCAUGAUGAACAACAAUGAUCUUGUGAGGAAGAGGAGGCUUGCAGACCUGAAUGGGCCCAUCUUUCCCAAGUGCCGGACUGGGGUGUAGUUGUGGACUACGGAGAAGGUGUUAGUGAGUUGGCACCAGAUUGCAAAGUCUCAUGGCAGAGCAACUGUGCAGUGAAUUUGUGAUGCCUGUUUUUUCAUAUGACAUCAUUGUGCAUUAAAAGGUUGAAAACUAGUGAUGUAGGCAAAGAUCUUUAGAAUCAAUGUGUGAAUAAUGACUUUUUUUCUCUUUGAGAGCAUAGGUGGGAAUGUGUGUCCUUUCAAAUGCUGUUGGGUUUCAGUAACCAGCAGCCCUAGCCACCGUAGUCAAUGGUGAAGAAUGAAGACGAUUGCAGCCCAACAGUUUCUAAAGGACCACACAUUCCCAUCCCUUUAGAGUAAUCCAGAGUUUGAGCCUGUUAACCAUAUGAUGCAAGUUCUGGAUUAUAACACAAUACAUCAUAGCAUAAAGGUUGCUUGAAUUAGAUUGCAGCCUAAUUUCAGUAUGGAUUUCUGUGUGUGUAGUGUUGCAUAGUUAACAAGAAGAAUGGUAAUUUUCAGAAAUGUUUAAAAAUAUACUUUAUUUUUUGACUUGAUGACAAGAAUUUGAAAGAAGCUUCUAGUCUGACAGCAUUUCUACCAUCCCAAAGUACACCAUUAAUUUAAGGACAUGUGAACUUAAGUCAGCUAACAACAUCCCCAGCUGUAAAUUACAAUCCCAUUGUAAAAGCAUCUGCACACCCAACCAAGAGAAGGAAUGUUAUGGCCACUCUUUUCUUAAGCAAUCAUCACAAGAAGGGAAACCACAGGAAUGGAAUAUUUGCUGUUUCUUUUUCACUGAAGGUGAACAUUUUCAAACCUUUAAAAAAAUGAAUUUGCAGAUGUUCACUUAAAUCAUCUGAUCACGUGCACCAAAUAGUUUCUAGCUUCUAUACUCUUGGGUUUGUUGUGGUUGACUGCUUUAUUUGUCCAUUCUCUUUUUAAGAAUUGCCCCUACUGUUGGUACAGAUUUCCAAAUGGGUGGACUCCUAAUGGCUGUCCCCUUGAAUAAAUGGCUCUUUUGCAGAAUGCUGCAGAGUCUGGUGCCUGAGAGCUCCAUCUAAGCAGAAGCUCUUUGUCUCACUCCACUCUACCCAUAGUGAAUUGAGUGGGGUACAGGGUCCAUAUCUGGACAAGAAUAAACUGUAGGCUCCCUACUUUGGAUAUUUAUGUGGAUUAGAUCUUCAUCAAAGUGAUAGAAUUCAAAGAUACAGCCCUCUUAGUCUGUAGAAUCAGAGAGACCUUGAAGUACAUUUGAGGCUAAGUAAAGAAAAGUUGGCAGCAGCAUGAGCUUUCAUAGAUUUAAGUCUACUUCCUGAGAUGCAGUUGGACCUGAAGAAGUAGACUUAAGUCUACAAAAACUCGUGUUGUCAAUUUCUUUCUUUCAGUUAAUCUCAAAUGUGCUAAAAAAUUUCUCUACAUACACUUCCUCAAAGGCAUCUUGCAUACUGCACUGUGCAUUCACUAGCUGGCCCAUUUGGAGGCUAAAUUUCAAACCUGUGCUGCCUCCAACCUCCUUAAAGGUCAGCAUGAAUUUAAAAGACUAUGCUAACCUGAGACAAGAGAGUCUUUUUGGGGCAAGAUAUGAUCUGUUUGGAUGCAACAUUGCCUGUCCUAAUAAACAUCUCUUGAAUCAGCUUCCCCCACAAAAAGAGCAGAAGAGUGCCAGGAAGGGAAGGUUAGGCAUCUUAGGAAUGGUGUUCUCUUUCCAUUUUCAUGACAUCAGUAGAUACUAUCAAGGUUGCCUUAUAGUCAGUGGAUACAAUCCUUUUGUGCUGUUGUUGGACAAUAUCCAUACAUGACAUGGGACCCUGGGCAGCCAGUUUAAAAGGAUUGUAGAUUACUUUGCAGCAGUGCCUAAUGUGCUGAACCCAGUCUCCUAAUGUUGUGCUGCUUGUAAAUGAUGCCUCAAUAAAAUGUCACUUAUAAGAA